UUCUCCAGGCGAGAGUCUGAGAGGAGGAAUCAUUCUCUGGCCCGUCACGCAGACAUCCUGGCUGCCGUGGAGACGCGCCUGUCUCUGCUCAACAUGACUUUCAUGAAAUACGUGGACUCCAAUCUCUGCUGCUUCAUCCCUGGAAAGGUAAUAGAUGAGAUUUACCGCGUGCUGCGCUACGUGAACUCCACUCGAGCCCCCCAGCGGGCUCAUGAGGUCCUGCAGGAGUUGAGGGAUAUCUCCUCCAUGGCCAUGGAGUACUUUGAUGAGAAGAUUGUCCCAAUCCUGAAGAAGAAGCUGCCGGGGGCCGACCUGUCCGGGCGCCUCAUUGGCUCCACACCAGUGGCCGGACCCUCCACCUCUCUGACCACCAUGUCCCUGCUGGCCAAGAACACGCCGUCGCGCUCUGAGAUGACCAAGGUGCAGCAGCAGGUGAAGGUGAACGGGACAUCCAUGACGGUGCUGCGGCGGGAGAUGACGGAGAUCCGGGUGAAGCAGCUGGAGCAGCAGAAGCAGCUGCAGGACCAGGAGCAGAAGCUGCAGGAGCAGACGCAGGUGAUCGGGGAGCAGAACGCCCGGCUGGCCGAGCUGGAGCACAAGCUCCGCGAGCUGAUGGACAGCAGUGCUGCUGCCAUGGGGGGGGCGGCCCCCUCCACCUCCAGCAGCGCCGCCGUGUCCUCUGCUGCGGCCGCCACGUCUGCUGGGGGGUCGGCAAGUAGCAGUGGGUCCACAGGGCAUGAGGGCGAGGGGGGGGAAUCACUCAAACGCAGCAGAAAGAGCUCAGAGCGCCCCCGACAGUCCAAACGGCUACGCAGCAAGAAAUAACACUGACUGAUGACACCUCUCCCCAAAUCCCUCGCGUCAGCCCCCCCCAACACAUGACCUGUUCUGUCUGUGAGGUGAGUUGGGAGUAUCGCUCUUCGCUUUAUCCCCCACUAAUAAGCAGGUGGCCUUCGCUGCUUAGACUAUUUAUUGAAGGUUACAUUAAAAUGACUGUAUAGCUUUUUUUUAAUGUAGAAGCUUUUAUAAGAGGCCUAUAUGUUUGCAAAAAUGUGGCAUGGCUUAACAGGAACUCAGAUGGUCGGUAUUUUUGGUUCACAUUGUAUAUUAAUGUAGUUUCUGAAAUAAAAUCUACCAAGAGAUAUUAUUUUGGAAACCUGCACAAUUAAAUAUCAGAUAUCAGAAUACAAUUACGGACUCAUAACAGUCCUUACAUUUCAAGUUUAAUUACCAUAACCUACAAAA